AUGCCGUCGCUGCUCGACUCGCCGCCGCAGGCCCCGGCCGCCGGCGCCUGGGGCUCGCUGUACGCCGUCCAGGAGCCCGCGAAGCCCCGCCACGUGAUGGCCGCCCCGGCGGCGGCUGCCACGAAGCCGGCGUACGGCGGCCUCAGGAGGAGGAACCUCGAGACGUGCACCGAGGCGCUCGGGUGCGAGAACGGCGCCGUCGACGCCGCGCCGGCCGGUAACGUGGUCGACAAAGGCCACGCGGAGGCGGCGGCGGAGUGCGCGGAGAGGAAGCGGCGCGCACGGGAGGAGGAGGAAGAGACGGAGGAGAGGGCGCGCCGGCCCCUGCCCCCGCCGCUGACGACGCUGGCGCACGGCGCCAGCCGCGUGCGGAUGGUCCACGAGCGGCGCGACGGCCGGCUGGCCGUGUACGCCGUGCGCACGCCUGGGGUGGAGGCCGAGCGCAGCGGCGGCCGCCUCCGCAUGCGCCUCCUCCUCCCAUGCAGCGCCAACAAUGCCGCCGCCGCCGCCGCCGCGGCGUGCCCCCCAGAAGAACCACGACAAGCGGAGGCCGACGACGGGGAGGAGGAGGAGGUAAAAGGAGCCGGCGAGGAGGAGUAUGGCGUGGCCAAGUACGUGCGCGGCGGCCGGUGCGUGGAGCCGGAGGUCGCCGCCGCGGCGGCGAGGCGCGGCGGCAAGCAGUGGGAGCCGGAGCAGGCCGCCGCGUUCUGGGUCGCCACCUCCUGA